UACCAGGCAGGGUUGUAUGGGCAGCAGCAGGCAGGGCUGUAGUGAGAUUGAUUGUUCCCGGCCCCUCUCUAGUGAAUAGAAGCAGCAGCCUGGGCGGAUCCUGUAGCACAGACCUCAGUUCCACUCCAGUUGUUGGAAGGAGAGAAUGGGGCUGACAGGACGGGUAUGAAUUCCAUGGAACAUUGAAGCGAUGUGUAGUCGGACUGACUGAAUUCUGCCAUUUUGUAUAUGUGUUUUGCUACUGCCUGACAUGAAGGGAUCUCGGCACAUUCUGAUAUAUAUGGUGUUUUGCACCAUUCUUCUCGGAUCACCGUUAAUCACUGGAUUCUCCCUACAUAAACUGAAUCUACGGGAGACAGAGGAUGUACUGGAAACUACAGACCAUUUUGAUGGCUUAGAUGAAAAUAAUAAUCAGAGCUUCCAAGCCAAUUUAGAAGAAUAUCAGCUGACAACACCAUCUACAGUGACCAAGGCUUCCCAGGGUAUAUCAGAUGGGGCUUCAAUAAAUAACACAUUUGGUGUUAAUGAACAACAAGACAAUUACAACUUGUCUGAUAACAGCUCUGGGAAAGGUGAAAGCCCAGAGAUGAAUAGUUCUAGUUUUGCGGUUAUGCUCAAUCCCAGUGGGCAAGCAGAGACAUUGUAUGAAAAUGGAAUUCUCACCACAGCUCUUUCUACUGUAGAUUAUAUUAGUAAGGAGACUUCUCAGAGCAUUGAUACAGGACUAGAUAAAAACUAUGGUGCAGAAGAAGAGGACAACAAAAAGACAGACCAACAAGAAAAUUCAUUUCAGUUAAACACAAUGGAAAUGUUGACUACCAGUCCAAGGACAAGCAACAUUAAAGCAACGGAUAGCCAGGCUUCGGUGUCUCUCCAUGUUAAUGAGCCAACGGCAGUCUCUCAAAUUAGCAGUGACUUAAAGAAUGAGAAUGGGUCAAGUACAGAAACCAACUCAGUAACUGAUGUCACUUUGGAAAGCGCCUUAUCGGCCUACAGUAAUUUGGAAACCUUAACACAAGUCAGCCCAGAAAACAGAACUGCAGAAAUAACUGUCCCACAGCAAAAUAGUGAAUGGGAUGAUACAAAAUUCUCAAAUGUUGUACCUUUACCAGUAACUGCAGACAUUAAAUCAAUGAAAGAUAAAAAUGUAACAACUAGUUCAGAAGCUAUAGUUGCCUCUUCACCAACAUUUCCAGGCAUAGAUGCCCAGUCUGAAAAUAACACUAAUGCAAUACAGAACGGUUCUGGUUUUGUGUCAGAAGAAAACCUACAGACUAAUUAUAGUGAACCCAACACAUCAGAGACUGAAAUAACCUCGACUCCACCAGUGAAUGCUAUGACUGAAGAGCAUAAUGCUUCUACCAGCCUGCUGGGCAGUACUGUUGCUACCAGACAAAUUGGAGCAGAUGCCAAGGAGCAGGACACAGAACUCAGUGAAAACCCCAGUGGCACAACAGCCCCUGCCUUUGUAAUUCAUUCAGCAACUGAAGAAUCCAUUAUUGAGGGCUUUGACAAUGAGGGAGAGGAGACAUUCCCUCAGGAAUCAGCACUGGAUUCUGCCGCCCCACGCUUGGAAGAUCUGAAGACAAAACCUAAGGAUGAUGCCUCUCUCGCUAUUUCACUUUCUACUAUUCUCCCAGUUGUGAUACCAGGAGAGGCAGAAAAUUUGACCCCAUCCAUAACCACACAGAUCAGCCAAGAGCAGGUUCCCUUCCCAAGGAGAAUCGAAGUCCCUAAGUCCUACAGGCCUGAUAAACUUGAAUCUGAAGAGGGUGAUGAGCAGGAUGAAGAAGAUGAUGAUGAGGACGAUGAUGGAGAACAAGAAGAGGAAGAUAAGGACACCGAUUCAGUGGAUGAAAGUGUUGAAGGAGAUGUUGCUCUGCCUCCAUUCACCCUCCCAGGACUAUCCUUUCAGGAUCCUGGAGAAGAUGAGAUUGGAAGGGGAGCAUAUCAUGUUCCAGAUGCUUUGGAAUGGGAACGGCAAAAACAAGGGCUCAUGAGAAGCUGGAUGGAAAAGCUGAAAGACAAGGCAGGAUACAUGUCUGGGAUGCUCAUACCAGUAGGAGUCGGUGUAGCCGGAGCAAUUUUAAUCCUUGGAGCUCUGUACAUCAUAAAGAUCAUGAAUCGCCGCAGGAGAAAUGGCUUCAAACAGCAUAAAAGAAAGCAGAGAGAAUUUAACAGCAUGCAAGACAGAGUAAUGCUCUUAGCCGACAGCUCAGAAGAUGAAUUUUGAAUCCAAUGGCUCAGACACUUGGAUAUUUAAAAACACUUUUGCAAAAGAAAAUGAAAUUCCUGCAGUCCCACUGCUGUCAGCCAGAUGUUUAACACCCUGUAGUGAUUACCGUGCAUUGGAAUCGAAGGCAUGCCGUCCUAUCAAUGAUGUUUGUUUAUUACAACUGUGAAAUUACAUGUCUACACGUCUUUUUGUGGAUAUGCAGUUUCCUUCUUGUGCAAAUGUGAUGCUUUAUAGGAAGUCUUUUUGUUAAUAGGAAGUCUUUUUGUUAAUAGGAAGUCUUUUUGUUAAUGAAUUACAUUGGUGUAAUCUAAUGAUCCACAAGCAGCAGCUCUACAGCAAUUGCUAAAUUGCUAAAACUAAAACUUCCAGAAGAUUUUAUAGUUAUAAUUUAAGUUGUUCAGUAACUGGAGAGUUGCAUGUUGCAGAAGUCUUUGUACUGAACUGUUAGUAGUACAGUGACCCUUCUGAUACUGUUAAACCACAGCUCCAAUCAUCUCACUAAUGGGAGUUAGAGUGCUUCGGCAGGUUAGUAACACACAGUACGUGGCAGGUAUUAAAAACAUAGUAAAGAUUAUGUAGAUUGGGAGGUUGAAUUACCUUUAGGUCAGGUUUGGCAGAGCUUUCUGCUUUCCUUUUCUGGCUUCCUGUUGGCCCUCUGAUAAUGUCAGUUCCUUCUUUGUAAAUAAAGUUUGUGUUGAAAAGGUGCAGGUUGUAGGUCAUUGUAGGCAAAUAGGCAGGACUCUAACUUGUAGUAUGAAAGAAGCAACACAAAAAUAGCCACAGAUAAUAUUGCAAACAGAAUCCAGGGCGUACCAAUUGGCUCAACACAGUAGUUGCUUCUUGUUGGCAUCACUGGGUGAAAGGAGCAUAUGGAACAUAAGCAAAACCGGCACAAAGUGUCGAAUACUAGUGCUUUAUGUUUGGUGUGGCCUAGUGUAAAUAGCAGAGUUCCAAUCAAGUCUCAUAUUAAACAUUAAACUGCUUUGGGUUAGUAUCCAAGCCUAAAGGAUUGGGUUCAAUCACUGCUGCCUAUUGCACAAUAUCAUCAUUAUUAUUUGUAAGAGGAGAAUCCGAGCUUGAUCACUAGCUUCCAUGAUAAAUGAGCCACGGUGAGGUUGAUGGGAAUAGUAAAGUAACUGCAGGUAUAAGGUAAAAAUGUUAAUACUAUAAUAUCACCUUCAACUAUGCAUUUUUGUGAGAAUAAAAUAUUCGUCUGGUAACUGUA